AUGAAGCAAAGAAUUACAUACUUGUUGCACGAGGCUGGUGGAGUUGAUCCUGCGACGCUAGAUGUUGGCAGUGACUCUAUAAAGUUGCCUGGCCUCAAAGCUGCCAAAGAAUGGAGAGUCACGCUGGGCACACGAGAACUGCCAAAAGAAGUUGUCAACGUCCUUGAGCAAAGUCACGAAGUACACAUACGCUGGUCUGCUGAGUGGAAUUAUGAUGCUGCAACACCUUUCUCAUCGAGAGUCCCGUCUGGCUUUCAUGUUUUCUAUACCCCGGGGGAAAAUGCGACUUCAGAAGCACUCUGCCCUCUUCUGGGCAAGAUCUUUGGCGAGGUUGUCGAGUGCACAUCUAUGAAGUCUUUCUCGACUCCUCCGAUCUUAUCUGAACGCUUUGCAAUGUCCGCAAAGUAUCAGUACUACAAACCUCUUGCGCGUCUAACAAGACUCAUUGGUUAUCUUUCAUCGAUUGUCUGUGAACCAUCGGAUACAGCUUGUAAUGAUCAGAUCAUGUCGCUCGCUCAAGCCAGCUCCUUGGAUGUUGACUACGACACAAUUUCUCACGCGCUCCGUGUCAACGCUUACUGGGAUUGGGCUGUUGCAGCCGAUGGCUCGCAAGGUGUUUGGGAUGAGACACUACGUUUGCAACCUUCGUCAGACGCUCUUGAGGUCGGCAUCUUGAACGUUGAGAAGUCUACUGAAGAAGGAGAAAUCGCACUAAGUGGGUUGCUGACUGUGGUGGGCGAAGAUUCGAAGCCUAGUGCGACCAAGUUUUCUUUCCCGUCAAGACAUCAUGCUGGAUCAAAGCAGUCUGCAGAGCUAACCUUCGAGACAUCAUUCCGUCAACCCACUGGACUGCAUCCCACCUUGGAAAUCAAACUUCCUAGUCAUGCCCUCAUACAGCCUGAUGAGUCUUGUGCAUUGCACGCUUAUCUGACGCUGCCAUCCUCGGUCUUCAUCGACCGCUACCAGCUCUCAGAUCCUCUAUUCCUCGCAUCGCAGAAUCUAGUUGCUCUACGCAGUCUCAGUGGAGCUACUGAUCUUGAGGCACCCGUGUGGACAACACCACAAUGGGGCUCAGCAGCACUACUAGAGUUGGCACACCCUGAAACGCCCUCUGUGAACAACGACACCUGGACAGCAACAGUCCCACUACACACACGCUACAUGCCACCAUCCACCGAUGGCACACACGCUGCACACAUCCCCUGGCCAGCAGUCUUCUGGGCUUGUGAAGCCGAAGACGGAUUGAAGAUGUCUGUUAAUCCUUUCGAUCGCACGAACGUUGGCUUUGAUGGACUCUUUGGCCCCAAGACACUAUUUCAUCAUAUUGGCGCUUCGUAUGAGGCGAAGACGUUAAUGGAGGCCCUCGAGAUACCUGUGUUGAACGAAACAAAGACUAGUUUCGUCGAGGUGGGCACAGGAGUGGCCGUUCUCCUUGGAUUCUUGUGGGUAUUGUGGUGUCUGGUCAGACCAGCAAGCAAAGGAGUUGAGAAGGCUGAUAAGAGAGAGUGA